AUGGAGGAAAAUAAAUUUAAUCAGUUUUAGGAUGAAGAAGAUGAAGUAGGCAGUGUCGUUGAUAUCCAGCAGCUUAAAAAGAGAAUUAUUAGUUCUACACAAUUAAAAUACUACAGCUAGACUGUUGAUAAUUACAGACUACUAAAAAAAUUACUGUUUGACUUGGUGUUUUUCAUCCUACUUGGUUCUUUGAUUUAUGUGAUUAGAUCUCUUUAACUUUAUUCUAAAAACUCUGACUUGGAACGUAAAUGGCUUCUAGAGAUUUUCUCAUUUUUAAUGGCAUUUUGGUUUGCACUUUGUGUUAUUGAAAUUUUACAGUAUAAAUGUAGAAUAGAUACUUUAAAUAUCUAUUACUUCCUCUUCACUAAUUUCAUUUUAUUAUGCGGUAUCGUUGUUCUUGUAUAAUAUGGCGUUAGAUCUUAUGAAGAGCUAGAUGAAGAUAUGAAAGAUCACGAUAAUUCUUAUUAGGAUGGGUUCAUACACGAAGCAUACUUGGUUAUGAGAUAUUUAGGACUUGCAAUCGCAUUGCUUCAUUCUAUCACAAUAAUUGCAUUUAUACACUUUGCAAUCAAGUCUAAGCACAGAAAAUUUAAUUUUGAAUAAAUUACCUCGCAGUAAAAUAAGAAAUUGAAUUCUAUCUAGUAUGAAAGAGAAGCAAAAGGAUAUAUUAAAGGAAGAUUAAAUGGUAUACCACUGAGAUACUUAAUGAUUGAUGAAGCUAACUAAUGUUAGAUUUGCUUGGAAAAUUUUAGAGCUGAGAAAUUUAUAGAAGAGGGACAAGAGGAAUUACACAAAGUGAUGCAACUAGAGUGCAAUGAUAUUCACAUAUUCCAUGUGGACUGCUUAGUUGAUUGGAUGGCUGCUGGCUAUGACUACUGUCCUUGCUGUCUUAGUGAUAUUAGACUAUGA